UAGAGACCGGAGCAAAGCCUGUGCCAGAAUUUUCUGAUUUCAAAACCUAACAGUAAUCGGAGUUGAAGCAUCCUAGUCUUCUUUCUUCUUCAAUUUCAUGGCUUUCUCAACCAAGUCAUAAUCCUCUGCAAAUACCCACCUAACAAUCUCUUCACAAUUCGAUGGCCAAGCCCGAUCCCUCUGCUCGAACCGUCCUAGAACCUCUCUCUAACAUUGACCUCUCCUCCUACUCUGUCACUUCACUCCGAUCUCUUGCCGUCUCUUCAAUUUCCGAUGCACAAUCCCUAAUCUACAUUGGCACCUUCUCUGGAUCUCUUCUUCUACUCUCCAUUAGCACUGGGGAUGAUGCCACCGCUACCGCUACUGCUACUGCUUCUGCACCCAAAGACGUGCAGUCUGCUCUCGAUUUCGAUGCUUCUAAAAGAAAUGUUUCCUUUUUGAGAAGCGUUUCUUUCGGGGAUUCACCCAUAGAAACGCUGCAUGUGCUUCCUGAGAUUGGGAAGGUUCUUGUUCUCUGUGAUGGUUACAUGUUUUUGGUUGAUGCUCUUUUGUCUCAGUCUGUUAAGAAAUUGAGUUUUUCCAAGGGAGUUUGUGCAAUUGCAAAGAGGAUUCGAAGCAGUGAAUUGGAGAGCACUAAUUUAUUGGGUAUUUCUGGUAAUAAUUUGGAGUCUUCAAGUGCCAGUCAGCGGAUUUUGCAGAAGUUGGGAGGUGGGAUUAGAGCUAAUGGAGUAAAAACUAAAGAACCUGUGCAACAGAGUGAAGGUAACAAUGUUUUUGCUGUUGUAAUUGGCAAAAGAUUAAUACUUGUAGAGCUUGUUUUCAGCAAUAAUAGGAUAGGUAAGACUGACCGAGACAUUGAUAGUUCAAAUGGGUCUUUUGUAAUUUUGAAAGAGAUACAUUGUAUUGAUGGGGUGAAAACUAUCGUGUGGCUUAAUGAUUCCAUAAUUGUGGGUACCGUCCAUGGAUAUAGUUUGUUUUCCUGUGUUACGGGGCUGAGCGGUGUGAUAUUUUCAUUACCAGAUAUAUCUAGCCCACCGCAGCUUAAAUUGUUAUGGAAAGAGAGGAAGGUGUUAAUGUUGGUAGACAAUGUUGGAAUUGUUGUUAAUGAGCAUGGCCAGCCAGUUGGAGGGAGCUUGGUUUUCCGUAGCAGUCCAGAUUCAGUUGGGGAAUUAUCUCCUUAUGUAGUGCUUGUUAGGAAUGGGAAGAUGGAGCUGUAUAAUAAGAGAUCAGGUAGUUGUAUUCAGACAGUUACUUUUGGUGGGGAAGGAGUUGGGCCAUGUAUUGUUGCCAAUGAGGAAGUUGGGAUUGGAAAACUUGUUGCUGUUGCUACACCCACCAAGGUUACCUGCUACUGCAAAGUAUCUUCUGAAGAACAAAUCAAGGAUCUUUUGAGAAAGAAAAACUUCAAGGAAGCCAUCUCCUUGGUGGAGGAGCUUGAGUAUGAAGGUGAAAUGUCCAACGAAAUGCUAUCCUUUGUUCAUGCUCAAGUGGGUUUCCUCUUGCUUUUUGACUUGCAUUUUGAGGAAGCGGUAAAUCACUUUCUCCAGUCAGAGACAAUGCAGCCAUCUGAAGUAUUUCCAUUUAUAAUGCGAGAUCCAAAUCGCUGGUCAUUGCUGGUUCCUAGGAGCCGGUAUUGGGGCUUGCAUCCCCCCCCUGCACCUCUUGAAGAUGUUGUAGAUGAUGGAUUGAUGGCUAUCCAAAGAGCUAUUUUCCUUAGGAAAGCAGGUGUAGAUACAGCAGUAGAUGAUGAUUUUAUAUUGAAUCCACCUACUAGAUCUAAUUUACUUGAGUCAGCAAUCAAGAACAUUAUCAGAUAUCUGGAAGUUUCUCGUGAGAAAGAGUUGACUUUGUCUGUGCAGGAAGGAGUUGACACACUUUUAAUGUAUCUUUAUAGAGCUUUAAAUCGGGUUGAUGAUAUGGAGCGGCUUGCUUCUUCAGAAAACAGUUGUAUUGUGGAGGAGUUAGAAACUCUAUUAGAUGACUCUGGGCAUUUACGGACUCUUGCCUUCUUAUAUGCAAGUAAAGGGAUGAGCUCAAAGGCUCUUGCCAUAUGGCGCAUUCUGGCAAGAAAUUAUUCUUCUGGUCUAUGGGAAGACCCUGUUGUGGAGACUGACUUGCAGGAUGGCAGUAAAAAUAUUGUUUCUGGUAGAGAGAUUGCUGCAAUUGAGGCAUCAAAAAUUCUAGAGGAGUUGUCUGAUCAAGAAUUGGUUUUGCAGCAUCUUGGAUGGAUUGCAGAUAUUAAUCCAGUUCUAGCAGUUGAAGUUUUGACUUCUAAGAAAAGAGUGAAGCAGCUAUUGUCAGAUGAAGUGAUUGCUGCCAUCGAUCCAAAAAAGGUUGAAAUCCUUCAAAGGUAUCUCCAGUGGCUGAUUGAAGAUCAGGACUCUAUUGACACCCAAUUCCACACAUUAUAUGCUCUCUCACUUGCAAAGUCAGCAAUAGAAGCUUUCGAAGUGGAAAGUAUCUCCAAAAACCCUGAUGAUGAAAGGUUAGAGGGGGCAAAAUUUUCUGAUUUCGGUAUGAAGUCGAUCUUUCAGAGUCCUGUACGUGAAAGGUUGCAGAUAUUUUUACUAUCAUCAGACUUAUAUGAUCCAGAAGAGGUCCUUGACUUGAUUGAAGGAUCAGAGUUAUGGCUCGAAAAGGCUAUUCUAUACAGAAAGUUAGGGCAAGAGACAUUGGUGCUUCAAAUUUUGGCCCUGAAGCUGGAGGACAGUGAAGCUGCUGAACAAUAUUGUGCGGAGAUAGGCAGACCAGAUGCAUAUAUGCAGUUACUUGAUAUGUAUUUGGAUCCACAAAAUGGUAAAGAGCCUAUGUUUAAGGCUGCUGUUCGCCUUCUGCAUAAUCAUGGAGAAUCGCUGGAUCCCUUGCAAGUUUUGGAGACAUUGUCCCCAGAUAUGCCCCUUCAACUUGCAUCUGAUACAAUAUUACGAAUGUUGAGGGCUCGGCUUCAUCAUCAUUGUCAAGGACAAGAGAUUGGAGAUUCUUCACUCAGAUCCUCCACCAGCUAUUUCGUUGGGAGAUCCUGUACCUCAUAUUGAUCAUGAUUCUGAUCUAGCCUUACCCAUUGCUCUUCGUAAAGGUAAACGUUCAUGUACUUACCCUAUCUCUUCUUUUGUUUCUUAUAAUCAAUUGUCUUCUUGUUCUCGGUGUUUUGUUACUUCUUUAGACUCUGUUCCUAUCCCUAAUACUGUUGGUGAGGCACUGUCUCAUCUUGGCUGGUGUGCUGCUAUGAAAGAGGAAAUGGAGGUUUUAGAUGCUAAUGGUACAUGGGAACUGUUGCCUUUGCCCACUGGUAAGAAAACUAUUGGUUGCAAAUGGGUAUUUACAGUAAAGGUAAAUCCUGAUGGUUUUGUGGCUAGGUUAAAAGCACGCUUUGUGGCAAAAGGAUAUGCUCAGACAUAUGGGGUUGAUUACUCUGACACUUUUUCUCCUGUAGCUAAACUUACUUCUGUUCGCUUGUUUAUCUCUUUAGCAGCUACAUAUGAUUGACCUCUGCACCAAUUAGAUAUCAAGAAUGCUUUCCUUCAUGGUGAUCUUCAGGAGGAGGUGUAUAUGGAGCAACCACCUGGGUUUGUUGCUCAGGGGGAGUUGGGUAAAGUUUGUAGGCUUCAGAAGUCUCUUUAUGGCUUGAAACAAAGUCCUAGGGCAUGGUUUGGGAGAUUCAGUGAAGCAGUACAGGAAUUUGAUAUGCAAAAGAGUAAGUGUGAUCACUCAGUAUUUUAUAGGCAAUCUGAUACUGGUCUAAUUCUCCUGGUAGUCUAUGUGGAUGACAUUGUCAUCACUAGGAGUGACUCUGCAAGUAUUUCAUCUCUUAAAACCUUCCUCCAAACCCAGUUUCGGACCAAAGACUUGGGAUUGUUAAAGUAUUUCUUGGGUAUUGAAGUUAUAAGAAGUAAUAAGGGUAUUUUAUUAUCUCAAAGAAAAUAUGUCCUCUAUUUAUUGACAGAGACAGGAAAAUUAGGUGCUAAGCUUUGUAGUGCACCAAUGACUCCAAAUUUAUAACUGUUAGCAGGGGAUAGUAAGUUGUUUGAAGAUCCAGAGAGAUACAGGAGAUUGGUAGGAAAAUUGAACUACCUUACAGUCACUCAUCCUGACAUUGCUUAUGCCGUUAGUGUGGUAAGUCAGUUUAUGUUUUCCCCAACUGUUGCUCAUUGGGAAGCCUUGGGACAAAUCUUUUGUUAUCUGAAGGGCGCUCCAGGAAGAGGUUUGUUAUAUGGUAAUCAUGGGCAUUUGAAUGUUGUAUGUUUUUCAGAUGCUGACUGGGUUGGAUCUAAGGUUGAUAGGAGGUCAACUACUGGAUAUUGCGUUUUUGUUGGAGGAAAUUUGAUAUCUUGGAGAAGCAAGAAGCAGAGUAUAGUUUCUCGAUCCAGUGCUGAAUCCGAAUACAGAGCCAUGGCACAAUCAGUAUGUGAGGUAAUGUGGAUACUUCAAUUACUAGAUGAGAUAGGCUUUAAGACCUGCCUGCCUGCCUGUGAAAUUGUGGUGUGAUAAUCAAGCUGCUCUCCAUAUUGCUUCUAAUCCGGUGUUUCAUGAGCGAACCAAACAUAUUGAGAUUGAUUGUCACUUUGUUCGUGAAAAGAUUCAACAACAGAUCAUCUCAACAGGACACAUCAAAACUGGAGAGCCGUUAGGAGAUAUUUUCACAAAAGUUCUGAAUGGAGCUAGGAUUGACUACAUUUGUAACAAGUUGGGCAUGAUUAACAUCUAUGCUCCAACUUGAGGGGGAGUGUUAUGGAAAGUCAAUCACUAUAUUAUUUCUUUGUAUAUUCUGUAUUCUGUAUUCCUAUUUAGGAUUUCUUAUUUAGGAUUUCUUCCUAAUUAGUAGAAUACAAUUAUAGGAAUCAAUUGUAUAUAUAUACCCAUGUACAGAUUAAUUGAAAUUAAGGAGAAUCAUCUCUUUUUGCAGAGACAAAUUUUGUAA